AUAGCUCACGUGAUUUAAAUUGCUCUAUCUUUUCUUCCACUAAGGUGGUACUCUCCUCAAAAGAGGAGGCUAUAAAUUAUAAGAAGAAGAAGAUAGCUAGAAAGGUGUUCAUCUCUCAAGAGAAGGUACAAAACUGAAGCUGAAAUGCCUUCAAUCAAGUUGCAGAGUUCCGAUGGUGAAAUAUUUGAGGUAGAAGUAGACAUAGCCAAAGCCUCAAACACGAUAAAGACAAUGAUUGAGGACCUUGGAUUGGAUGAGGACGAUGAUGAACCCGUACCACUACCAAACGUUAACGGACCAAUCAUGAAAAAGGUAAUAGAAUGGGCAACACAUCAUAAGGAUGACCCGCCUCCUCCAGAAGAUGAAGAAAAUAGAGAGAAAAGAACUGACGAUAUAGAACCUUGGGACCAAGAGUUUCUUAAGGUUGAUCAGGGAACUCUCUUUGAACUGAUACUGGCGGCUAACUAUCUGGACAUCAAGGGACUUCUUGAUGUGACGUGUAAAACUGUCGCUAACAUGAUAAAAGGGAAAACUCCGGAGGAAAUUAGGAAGACAUUUAACAUAAAGAAUGAUUUUACUCCAGAAGAAGAGGAACAGAUUAGGAAAGAGAAUGAGUGGUGUGAGGAAAAGGUCUAAGACCAUUACAAACUACUAGAGAGACAAGAGAAUAUCGCGUUACUAGACACAGCAACACUGCAUUGAUUGAAUAUUAGCAUCUUUUAAAUUAUUAUUGUUUUAUUCAUA